AUGUCGAAAGUCUGUGUCUGCGACCUUGUUGGACGCUCCUUGCAGCUGGAGCUUCCAGGAACAGAGACCGGGAGAGGCAUCAAAGAUGCCGUGGCCAAGACCUGGCAACUGGAUCCUGUCAGCUUUCGCCUGCUCUGCAAGGGCGAGCGGAUGGAUGAAGAGAGAACUGUGGAGAGCUUCCUUCAGCUCCUUCCUCCUGGCGAAGAGACGCUGGAGCUGCAGCUUCUGAAGUUCGACCCUCUCCUGGACCUUGGCAUCUUUGAGAAGAGCCUGCACAAAGGCAUCGAUCUUAAAGAUCCCGUCUCCAGGCUCAAGAAGACGUCGGGGGCGCCGGACUCCAACAACGUCUUCCUGCGCCACAAAAUCCUGGAGCCCUGCUUUUGCGAGUUUGAGGUGAUCCGGAGCCGAGAUGAGAUCUCCUUCGGCGUGACGUACGACAGAAGUUCCAUGGAGAAGGUCUCGGGCUUCGGGAAUCUCAGCACCAAGAGUACCUGGAUCUUCUCCAAGAAGCAGACCAUGCCCGUCUUUUUGUUCGGCGGGCAGAAGCUGAGUCCUUCCGGCGAGGGCCUGGCGGGCCACCCUGGUGUCCAGGAGGGCGACCUUGUGGCGGUCUACUGCGAUCCAGAGAGUCGCCUCUGCGAGUUCUACUGCAACAGCAAGUUCGUGGGAUCCACCGAGUCUCUGGAAUGCCCCUUGCCGGAGAGCCAGGGAAGUCCCCUGUUCAUGUACUGCAUGGUGGAUCAAGUUGAGGAUGAGGUCAAAAUCAAGCGAUUUGGCCCUGGCAGGCCCUACUAG